AUGCUUUUGCGCUGUCUUCGAUGGCUUCGCGCCAAGGUUGUACAACGAGCCGAGCGUUUGCUGCUUCAUGUCCUUGCCGCCGGGCCUAUUCCCAAACAUGUCGCGUUUGUCAUGGAUGGCAAUCGCCGCUACGCCCGUAUGAACCACAAAGCGAUCUCACAGGGCCACAGCGACGGGUUUCUGACUCUGCGACGCCUUCUUGAAGCGUGUCUCCGCCUCGAAAUCCGAUGUGUUUCUGUCUACGCGUUUGCAAUGGACAACUUUCGGCGGUCGCCAGAAGAAAUAGACCAUCUCAUGCACUUGGCCCACGACAAACUGAGGGAGCUGUCCCAACAUGGUGAUAUUCUCGAGCAGUAUGGCGUGCGAUUAAACGUGUUGGGCAAAACUUCGCUGUUACCAGAAUACGUGCAAGAAGCCAUCCGACACGUCGAGAGCAUCACCCGGAAUAACGACAGAUGUGUCUUUUCUACACCGGUCUCUGCACGAAAGGCUGAACUGGUCGUUACAGCGAUCCUCAAUAUCCACAUGUCCUAUUCUGCCCAGGAUGAAAUCGCCACGGCCGUAGAGUCUGCUAUUCACAUUUCUUUGGACAACCCAUCCGAUAUCCACAUUACCGAAAAAGAUGUCGAGGACCAACUCUUCACGUCGUUGUCCAGGAGCCCACCACUUGAAGUGCUUGUGCGAACCAGCGGGGUAAAGCGUCUGAGCGACUAUCUGUUGUGGCAGUGCAAUGAAAACACGCAAAUACACUUCGUGUCGGCCUACUGGCCGGACUUUGGGUUGUGGGACUUUGUGCCAAUCGUCUUGAACUAUCAGCGCAAAGCUUGGGGCAAGUAG